AUGGCCAGAGAACAAAUUAACGAUAAUACAACGAAACAGUUUCGUCGUAUCAUUAAUACAACUCACAUGAUACCUUAUGACCCCAUAUUACUGUCCGAUGUAUCUGAUGAUAAAUAUCAAUGGGAUUUAAAGCCACGAGAGGAUCAUUCUGCUCUUUAUUCUGGUAUCAGUUCUUUAGAUUCGAAAUGGGAGAAUUAUCACGUUGGUUUUGUUGGUCGUGUUUAUGAAAAUCCCGAAAAAAAUAUUGAACCAAGUAGUCAAACAGAUAAAUUAAAAGCAAGUUUGGUGGACACUUUGGCUGAAAAAAAAAUUGUACCUGUUUUUCUUGAUGAUACAGAACAUCAUGGACAUUAUGAAGGUUAUUGUAAAACUGUAUUAUGGCCAUUGUUUCAUUAUAUUUUAUGGGACUCUGCCACUGAUGGUAGAAUAGAAGCAUUCAAUUGGACGAAUUAUGUAAAGGUCAAUCAACGAUUUACUGAAAAAAUUAUGGAAAUAUAUAGACCUGGUGACUUAGGAUAUGAAUCUACACAAAGUGGCGAAACCAGUGAAGAUAAGUAUAUAGCAGGCACUAUUGAUGCAAGAGAUUCAAUAGUAACUAUAGGGACAUUCCCAAUUGGGAUUGAUAUUGAAAAACUCACUGAUGUUGUGAAAAAAAUGUCAUUGAUCCAAGAAAUAUAUGCUGAUAAGAAGAUCAUUGUUGGUAGAGAUAAAUUAGAUCUAGCCAAAGGUGUUAUUCAAAAACUUGAUGCUUUUGAAAAUUUUUUAUCACUGUAUCCAGAAUGGCAUAAUAAAGUAGUUUUAAUUCAAGUCACUACACCAGCACUUAGUGAUUCACCAAAAUUAGAGCGCAAAGUUUCAGAACUUAUUGCUAAUAUAAAUGGCAAAUAUGGCUCAUUAGAAUUCACACCUGUACAUCACUAUCACAACAAUAUUGCUCAGGAUGAAUAUUAUGCACUUUUAAGUGUAGCAGAUAUAGGCCUUAUAACAUCAGUUCGUGAUGGAAUGAAUACUACUUCAUUGGAGUAUAUAGUGUGUCAACAAGAAAAUCAUGGAUCUUUGAUAUUAAGUGAAUUCACUGGAAUGGCAGGAUCGCUUGAUGCUUCAAUUAUGGUUAAUCCUUGGGAUUACAAUGGUGUAGCAAAGGCAAUCAAUGAUGCAUUAUACUUAUCACCCAAAGAAAAAAAAGAAAAACAUAUGCAACUAUAUAAACAUGUUACUACUCAUACUGCUCAAUUUUGGGCAGAUUCAUUUGUUGAAGAGCUUAAAGAAUCAAUAAAAAAUCAAGAACAAUCAAGCAUUGUUCCAUUUCUCAAUACACAGAAUUUACUAAAUAAAUACAAACUCUCUAAAAAAAGAUUAUUAUUAUUUGACUAUGAUGGUACUUUAACUCCUAUUGUUACAAGUCCAAGUGCUGCAGCCCCAGGGGCUGAUACCUUAAAAGGAUUAAGUGAACUUGCAGAUGAUCCUAAAAAUAAAAUUUGGAUAAUUUCAGGACGUGAUACUCAUGCAUUAGAUAAAUGGCUUGGUGGCAUUAAAAAAAUUGGAUUUAGUGCUGAGCAUGGUGGUUUUAUAAAAAGUCCUGAAAGUGAUGAAUGGAUUAAUCUUAUGAAAGAUAUUGAUAUGAGUUGGAAAACUGAUGUACUUGAGAUAUUCACAUAUUAUAAAGAACGCACUCAAGGAUCAUUUGUAGAACAUAAAAGUUCUUCAAUUACUUGGCAUUAUCCAUUCCAAGCUAAAGAAUGUCAAAAUCACCUUGAAAGUGCAAUCAUUCCCAAAUUACCAGUUGAGAUACUAUUGGGUAAAAAAAAUCUAGAGGUUAGACCUACAAUGACAAACAAGGGUGAAAUUGUAAAUCGUCUUUUAGAAAAUCAUUCAGAUGUUGAUUUUGUAUUUUGUGCAGGUGAUGACAGAACAGAUGAAGAUAUGUUUAAAGCAAUAAAAAAGUCUAAUUUACCAGAUGAUAGUUAUUUUUGCACAAUGGUUGGUUCUGCAAAUAAAAAAACUUCAGCUGGAUGGCAUGUCAAUUCACCUCAAGAUAUUAUUCAAACUAUUAAAAAAAUGGUUCAAGUGG